AUGGCUACUCGAAAGAGAAGUGGUUCUGGAUCUAAAAGGCACCUAAAGGAGAAAGUUGUGCAGAUAUAUGAAUCAUUUUUUAAAGGAGAAGAUUUGACAAGUAAUAACCCUACAUUUUGGGAUGAAUUUUUUCUAUUAAAACCAAAAAUACCCCAAUUAGAAGCUGAAAUACAUAAGUUAAGUGUUGAACAAUUAAAUAAUUUAAAGGAUAACAUUAAUUUAUUGGUUAUACAAUGUAUAGAAAUGUUAGGACAGGAACAUCACAUCAGAUUGGUGUAUGCGUUGCAAACCUUCAGUGCAAUUUUGACUACUAUGUACCAAAGAGCAGGACAAGAUCCAACAGUAAAUAUAAAAUCUAUAUUAUUGGGAACAGAUAAAGCCAAUAUAAAAAUGCAAAAGCUAUUAGAGCAUUGUAGCACAGUGUUAUCAGGUGACGUUCCAGACAGCUUAAAAUCAAUGGUUUUGAAGUUGCUUUUAAUUAUAGCAACUGGGUUUGAAAAUAUAGAUGAAAACCCACUUGUUGAAUAUUUAAUGCUACAUUCACUGUUUGAACCUCUCAUUCAGUUGCUCUGUACAUCUACUGAAAGGCAACAACAUGGUUAUGAUGUUGUUCUACUUCUGAUGUUCUUAGUUAACUAUAAAAAACAAGAAUCUGCUAAUCCCUAUGUGGUGAAACUAUCUAUACUUGAUGAUGAAUUAGCUUUGAAUGGCUAUGGCCAAGUGAUAACAGCAGCAUUAAAUGAUUUUGUAAUGUCAACAUUUGGUGGCAUGCAAGCAAGUGGUGGCGGCUGGCUCUCCUCCCUUACAAGUAUGGUGGGUGGAAUAUUUCUUACCAGUGAUGAGACCCAGCCGGUUGUGCGUGGACAAAGAAAUAGUGGCGGUGAAGAAGGAAUGCUGCUAGCGUUGUACGAGGCGGCACACCUGAACAGAAACUUCAUGACGACGCUGGCGCACUCCUCGUCCGCCGCUGCGUCCUCCGCGCCGCCCUCUCCGCCCGCCACGCUGCCACCGCACCAGAGUCCUCCAAAUUUAGCGCAGAUUCAAGCGCUGGACAACGAACAACCAACAAAUUUAUUAGUCACAUUCUUUCAAUAUUGUUCCAUAGUAAUGGCGGACACACGGACAGAAACAAGUAUAAACAAGUGCAGUCUAUGUUUCAUUACUCUAACUUGUAUCGUGGAGGAGCAGUUUGCCAACUCUAUAAUGCACGAUCAAAAUCUUACUUUUAAGGUUCAAUUAUAUAGGCUGCCAAUGCGUCAUAGGAAAAUACUACCGGAAGAACCACCGUCACAACCGCUAGCUUCAACUCUCAUUGAUCUUCUAGUCGAGUUCAUUAUGUGCCACCUGUUGAAGAAGUUUCCCGGCGAGCUAUAUUCCUUAUGUGUGGGGGUAUUAUUACGGCUGCUAAGUUACCAGAAGCGUUGCCGAGUGCGACUGGCCCGCGACUGGCGCCCUCUGUGGGCGGCGCUCAUAGCUUUACUCAAGUUCCUAGUUACCAACGAAACUGUCCUGCUGAGGAGGCAUAACAUAUUCAUUAUGGCCCAACAGGUAGUAAAUAUCUUCAACCUGUUCAUCACAUUCGGUGACACGUUCCUGCCCACUCCGGCCUCCUACGACCAGCUCUACUACGAGCUAAUAAGGAUGCAUCAAGUGUUUGACAACUUAUUUUUUAUGGCUCUCCGCUAUUCCACCGGAGACGGAGAAUACAAAGCGGAGGCGCUCCGACUAGCGAACUGCUUAGUCAAUGUCCGUGCCAUCAUACAACAUUUUUCUCCCAAAAUCGAUGCCUGGCUCGCCUCACAGAACCUUUCCACGCCCAGCGAAGAUCAGAUCCUAGAAGUAGUGCGCAAGAACUACGAUAGCCUGAUCCUGAAGCUGCAGGAGGGGCUGGAGGCGUACGAGCGCUACGGCGAGCGCGCGCACCGGCCGCUGCUGGCGCGCCUGGCCGGCGCCGCCGCCGCCGCCGCCCGCCUGCGCGCGCCGCACGCCGCGCUCUCGCACCACUCCGCCGUGCUCGUGCACCACUACACCACGCUGGGG